AUGGAUAAAGAAACAAAUAUGGAAAUAAGCACAGACACGACGAUGGGAACGAGCAGAGAUAUGACUAGAGAAGCAGACAGGGAGACAGAAUUUUAUGAUUCUUUACUAGAGGACAAAUUGUUUGACGACGUCGAUUUUGAAGCUAUGGACGAACAGAUCAAUCAAUACAUAAGUACACAAGGGCCUCAACCCUCCAUUUUCUCCAAUAUGAUGUCAACCGAACAACAAUCCAUAGACAGACAUCAAGAAGAUCAAUAUCGUCGUACCAUCGAUACACUCAAAUUCGAGAUUGAACGGUUGCGACUUGAUAAUGCGUCAAAAGAUAACAAGUUACGCAAUUUGGAACAAUUACAAAAGAAUUUAGAAGAUAUUACUUAUGAUCGUGACAGACUUAGACGACACUUGGCUGUUGUGAAGCAGAAUAAAAUGAUAGAUUCUCAGCCACUGCCUGAACCAGCAAAUCGAAAGCGAACCAUCGUACAGACACCUGAAGUGGAAAGCAAGAGACCAACAAUGACAACAACAAUAACUACAAAUCCAGUCAUAACGCCUGUCAAUGAUCCACCUGCCGUCCUGCCUGCGGUAGUAAUAGACAGUGACGAGAUUAAUGACCUUUACCGUAUCCUACUUGGCCCACAAUUUCAGAAAAUGAAUAUAGAACAAUACCAAAACAAGCUUCAGUAUACACCUUCAUCCAUACAAGAACGUCUGAGAUCGUUCAGCAAGCAAUUUGCCUCGCAGUUUGUUCCACUCAACAUCAACCAAAAGACCAAGGAAGAUCUCGAGUUUUAUGCGGCCGAUAUCGCCGAGAGCUUGGUCCACUGCGAAUCUGCGAGCUUGACUAUCCAGCAGAUCUUGAACACGCUCAACGUGUGCUUGUUUAUCGGCAAACGAGAGAAACUAUUCAUGCUGCUGAGAAACGCUAGUCAGGUCAUCUUGAUCUUGACUGCCAAGUUUGAAGAUACCGCUUACCAUCUCUGGAAGGCUGCCAAGGUCGACACGUCGAUUCUCAACAGGCUUUCCCAGAUACUCGACCUAUACUGCUUUUGUGAUGAGCCUCUUAUGCAGGCGAUCCAGGAUCAUCCUGAUAUAGAGCAAAAGAGUUAUUCGGAGAUCUCAACGAUCGCUGAUAUGUAUCGAACAACGCCGCUGCAAAUCACAGAGGACUUGAACAAGAAACGUAAACCGGCGUUUGCAGAAGAGACUGUGAUGAACGUAUUAAAGACAUUCUUGAAAGUCGCACAGGAAGCAGAUGAUACACCCAUUUUGAUUCUUUUGAAACAGAAGGGAUUUAUCGACUUGUUCUCGACAGACACACCGCUGUAUAUCAUCAAGGCUUGCUUAGUACUCGUAGAGACUUUGGAUAUGUUUAAGCGAAAGGAAGAUAUUUUGAAUAGCUUCCUGAUCGAUCAACUGAUAGAUCUUGUCUUUGUCAGUCAAGGGCGGUUCACAACAGUGCAGUGGUAUGAACUUCGACAUUUAGCACUCCGUUGUCUAUAUCAUAUGGCCAUUGCAAGCAUUGGGUUAGAAAAGUUGUCUAUACAAAAACUAGUAAAAUUAGCUGAAGAGAUUAUAGAAAAGAUCAACUUUUUAUUAAAGAAAACUGUACAUAAUCAUGCGGACAAUAUGCUUCAUUAUAUAUUUAAUCUACUGUACUUUAUCAUCGGUCAAUAUCCAAAUAGUAUGAAUGAACAAAACCAUUCUUUAUUUAUCAAACUUGUAACAAAAGCCAACGACACAAUAGAUGAAAACAUGACUGGUAAGAAGAAUACAAAUUUAUAUGAUUUGUGUAGUUAA